CAGGGAACGAUCAUAGUAGUCAUUGCAGGGUAGCCUACAGUGCUGGUGACUGCUUGAACUUAACCACCGCUGGCUCAAGGGCCAUAGACUCGCAGGCACAGAAAAGAAAAGAGAAAAACUAUUGGUCGAGCGAUUUGUCAAGCGAACUUAAGUAAGUCGUGGAAAAAGAAAGGUUCUAUUACAGUUUAAACUGUGCAACUGCCUCAGAUUAAGAGAUGCUCAUCGAACUGUUCUUACUGGCGACUUCCCUCGUCCUCCUGUGGGUAGCGCUGAAGAGGCCCCCGGGACUUCCCCCUGGACGAUGGGGCUUACCUGUGAUCGGCUACGUUCCCACGAGUGGCAAGUAUAUCGACGACAUCCUGAAGGACUUCCAGAAGGAGUUCGGUGACCUAUACAUAUGGAAGUUCGGAAGCAGAAUUCAAGUCUUCAUUCACGACUACCAUUUGGUCAAGCAGAUUUUCAACGGUCCGGAUUACAUCGACAGACCUGACAUGGAAAUAUUCAAACUCUUCGAAGGUACUGCUUAUGGUAUUUCCGGAAGUAGCGGCGGCAUCUGGCACACCAACCGCCGUUUCAUCCUGCGUCAGCUGCGGGACCUCGGCAUGGGCAAGUCCCGCCUGGUGGACGCAGUCCAAGAACAGGCCGAAAUUCUCGUCGAGGCCCUGAAGGAGCAAGAGGGCCAGGCGCGGCCCAUCGCCGAGGCUUUGAACUUCGUCAUCAUGAACAUCAUCUGGAAAAUGACUGCGAACAAACACUUCGACAUUAAGAGUCCCAAACACCGAUACUUGAGGCAGCUGAUAGCGGACUCCAUUCCUGCGAGCAACAACGUUAUAGUGGCGGACAUGCUGCCAUGGACGAGCACCGUUCUGCCGAAAUUCGUCUUUCGCGCCCUUUUCAAAGUGGAUAAAUUUAUUGAAAUUAUGGACAAGUUCCGUGAAUUUUUCCAGGAGAUGAUCGUAGAGCACAAAGAGUCCCUGAAUCCUGACGACCCGAAGGACCUGAUCGACGCCUACCUCCUGGAGAUGAAGGACAGGGAGGAAAAUCCGGGAGUGGCUGAGGGCGUUCGUCAUGAGGCUGACCUACGGAUCGUGCUCUUCGACGCGCUCUUUGCCGGCACAGACACGACCUACAACACCAUGAAGUGGAUAUUCCUCUACUUGGCGGCCCAUCCAGAUAAGCAGCGGAAGUUGCAAGAGGAGCUGGACAGUGCCGUCCCAAGUGGCACUCUCGUGACGCUGGAGGACAAACCCAGGAUUCCCUACACUGAGGCCGUAAUCAACGAAGUCCUUCGCAUGUCUAGUCUCACCAACGUAGGCCUACCUCACUGCCCAGACAGGGACAUGGUUCUAGCUGGAUAUAAGAUCCCGAAGGGAAGUAUGGUCACCCCAGUAACAGCGUCUAUCCACUUCGAUCCGAGGUACUGGGACCAGCCUGAUUUGUUCCUCCCUGAACGCUGGCUUAGUCCAGAAGGAAAGUUCGUCAUGAGAAAGGAGGGUUACCUGCCCUUUGGCACAGGCAAGAGAUCGUGCGUGGGAGAGUCUCUCGCGCGCAUGGAACUGAUGAUAUUCACAGCCACUGUCUUGCAGAAUUUCACGAUCAGUCCACCAGAGGGAAAGACCAUCGACUUACUACCAGAUUUCGACAACAGGGUCAUUCACAUGUCUAGGAAACAGGAUGUCGUCUUUACCAGCAGGAAUCUAUGAUUUGCAUUGCCUACCCCCACCCCCGCCCCCUAACAGACAUGAAAGUAUAGAUGUUUCUGCCCGAGAACUUGGUCUGUUACGAGUCUGUCUUUGGUCUAUGGCCUCCGGACCUCCACGAGAUGGUUAACUUCCGGGAAAAAAUAUUCGUAGUUAAUUAUUUGCUUUGAUUGCAUUAUUAUUAUCGCUCAUACAUUCAAACACUCGUUAGUAGAAGAGUUCACAAAUUGAAUAUUAACUGCUUUCACAUGAUUUAUGUUCCAUAAUGUAGUACUUUUCAAAUCGUAUUGAUUCUAUCCACUAUGAUUAAUAUAUUUUGGUGGUCUGGUAAUAACUAACACUAAUAAACAACAAAAAUACA